GGCUAAACCAAAACUAAAACACCGUAAGAUAAAAUGGAGUGGUCACAGUUCAUGUACUGUGUUGAAUCUUUGUAAAUUGUUACUGUUCGUAGUUUGGAGUUCAGAAAGUCGAUAACAGGAUGCUUUAGAGCUUAACGUUCUAGGAGUGAAUAUUCUUAUUAGUGUGAAUGUUGUGAUUGUUGAAUUGGUUUUCAGGUUGAAAAGAGGAGAAACGGUUUCAAAUUCAUCCAUCUUUCUUUACUUUUGAUUUUUCUUAUUGGUUAUUGGCCAAUUAUUGCAAUAUUAACUCUAAAAGUAGGUGAAAUUCUCUUACAAAACCUUUAAUUUGUGCAGGGGCCAUUAAUAACAAUUCUAGUUUCCAGUGCCUAUUCCAAGUCUUUAUAGCUGUUUUAUAAGGACUGGGUGGAAAGUUGUCAAGAUGUGUUGUUGUAACCACCUAGUCAUUGUAACCAGUCUACAACAGCGAAUGAACCGCUGCGAUGAAUGUGUUCCAAAGCUGCAGCGACACAAGCGAUGCCACUCCUCUCUCCGUGUCGCAAGGCCUCUAUCUCAAACCUGUGGCCAGAGUGAACAUUUCUGUUCAACUCCCCAACUUAAAAACUCCUGGGAAAAGCAUUUCCAAUUGGGAAGUGAUGGAAAAGCUGCGGUACUAUGCAGUGCCGGAAGAGUUUACAAGUCUCAAAGUUUCAAAAAGUACUUUAGAAGUUGUACGUUUCGAAGGGGAAAUAGAAAAUCGUUCCAAACUUCCUGCCGUGCUCGCCCGAUUAGAUGGGCGAUCAAUAAAACUAUCAGGAUUUCAUGAGAGUCUUAAAGUGAGAGCUGCAGAAGCGAAACCUGAUUUUCCGACAAGACACUCUUGGGAUUCUUAUUUCCGAGACGCCAAAAACAUGAAUGAAAUGAAACCUGGAGAACGACCUGAUACCAUUCAUGUAACAAAUUUGCCGUGCAAGUGGUUUGCGGCUAAAUCAGAUGCCUCAAAGCCCAGUGAAUACAUUUUACGAAAAGUGUUUGAAGUGUUCGGAGAGGUUCGGUGCGUGGACAUUCCAAUGAUAGAUCCUUUUAGAAGUCAAAUGAAGUCUCACAUAUCUGGUAUUAAAAUGUUUUCAAACAAUCAGAACAUGAUAUUUGAAGCUUAUGUUCAGAUGAAGGAAUAUAUCUGCUUUGUCAAGGCAAUGGACACUCUGAGAGGGAUGAAACUCCUUCACAAAGAUGCAGAAGGAAGAGCUUUUUCUGCAAGCAUUAAGGUGGACUUUGACAAAACCAAACACUUAAGUGAAAGCAGUAUCAGGCGUCGUCGGGUGGAACGUGAGCGAUUGAUGGCGAAGGAGAGGGAACGGGAGGAUAAAGAGCGGCAGGUUCGAGAAGAGGAGGAGCGUAAAUUGGCCGCUGAAAGAAAGCAUGCGGAGGAGGAGAAGGCAGCAAAACUAGAGCGUCAGCGGCAACGUGAGGAGCGGCGCAAGGCCAAGCAACUGGAACGACUGAAGAAGCAAGAGGCGGACGAGAUGAACAAGAAGAUAGCGACUGAAGAGAGGUUGCUGCUGGUAGCGCAGCGUAGACUGGAGUCCUUCCGACUACUGGGGGAACUCUUCACCAGACUGAAGAUUAGCAAAGAAAAAGAGCGAGAUAAAUACAAGAAUGAGAGCUCUUAUAGGAACUAUCGAGAUCGCCAUAAGAAUAAAGCACCAGAUAAACUAAAAGAAAAAUUAGAAGUGAAAGAAAAAGAACUGAGAGAAAAAUUGGUCAAGAAGUUCAAGAGCAACGAACAAAAUGACCAAGCCAGGGGCAGUCGAGGUGUGUUGGACCGCAAACUUGACCAUGAGAAGCAACCUUUAGACUCCGAACAUCAAGCCUUUGAUGAAAACUACGAUGAAAACAGAGGUUGGCAGCGUGGAGGUCAAAGGGGUGGAAGAGGCUGGUUUCCUCGUAGAGGAAGGAGAAAUGGCAAUGGACCAUUCAGGCAUCAUUCAUUUCCUCCACUUCCUUUCAACAGGGGCUUCUAUGCGCAUAGAGGUUAUUCUCGCUGGUCAAAGUUCACACCUAGAGGUAGAGGAGGAAUGGAUCACACUUUCAUUCCACCACCUUUUGUCGAUCCAUACUACUUUGAAUCCACCUUAAAUGACCAGUACUACAAAUACUUCCACAAGAUCACAAUGGGUGAUAACAAGUCCUCCUCCCGGUCUCGAUCCCGAUCAAGAUCUUAUUCCAGAUCGUAUUCGAGGUCAUACACGAGGAGCAGAACAAAAUCGAGGUCAAGAAGCCGAUCCAGACAUCGUCGAUCACGUUCGCGCAGUCGAAGUAAACGACAGUCCAGGAGCAGGUCGAGGUCACAGCGCAGAAGUAGAUCUCGGAGAGGACACAGAUCUCGCUCUUCCAGACAUUCAAGUAGGAGUGAAAAAAAAGAAAAUAAGGCAGAAGAAAGAGUUAUUGAGGAAACAGCAGGUGCAGAUAAAGGUGAGGAGAAAGCACCUUCUGUGCACACAUGGUCACGAUCUCCUUCCAGGUCAAGGUCUCUGUCAUGGGAGAAACGGAAAGAUGAGCCAUCUUCAUCCACAAAACCUCACCACAAACACAAGAAAGAGAAGAAGAAAAAGGAGAAAAAAGAGAGGAAGAAGAAGAAAAAGAAAGAUGUUGAAUGAUUUGUAUUUUUCUAGUCACUGUUCAUGGGUGUAUAAUGUUAAUAUACUCCUUUGUGUAAUCUAUUGUACUGUAAACAUAGCUCGGUUGGGCAUCAAAUAUAUUAAAAUAGGAAUUCUUACAGAGUA